GUUUCAAAUGUAGUUAUUAGUUAAUAUAAUAAUAUAGUACCAAUGGGCAAUGUAUUAUAAAAUAUAAAUGUACACAUCAUAUAAAAGUAAUAAAUCCAUUAGCCCUUCAGUAGUCAGUACUUAUCCACCUGUGAAGUAAAUCAUGGUCGUAGUUAUCCUAUUAAAAUGACGAUCAUCGAACAAUUAAGUGAUAUUCGGAAGCAAUUUAUAUCAUUUGAAUCUAUUCCGGAACUAUGGAAAAAUCAGCCGACAUACUUAUUAGUCCAAAUGUUAUUUAUUAUGGGUGGAGCAGUAACACUUUUACACGCACUUACUAAAGGAGGAAGACGUCCUGUACUUUGGUUAUGCAUAAUUUUUCACGGUUUGGUUGUUGAGUGUAUAUGUUAUCUCAUGGAUGAAAUAGACAAUUUUUGGCACAGUCGUGCACCAAUUAUGUUUUUCCGACAUAGGCUUCCGUUGUAUGUUAUAAUCUUAUAUUCAGUUUUUUAUUACAUAGCAAUUGAAAUAGCUUAUAGAACAAACAAAACAAAAAUAGGCUUCAUAGUUACUGUAGGAUUAAAUGUAUUUUUAAUUGAUUUACCAUAUGAUAUUAUGGAUAUAAAAUUUGUCCAUUGGACCUGGCACGAUACUGAUCCAAACAUAGGGAACCGAAUAUAUUGGGUACCAUUGACUUCUUAUUAUUUUCAUAUGGUGUUUUCUACAAGUUUUAAUUUUUGGUUUUUCAUUAAAUAUGUUGAUCUUGAUCAAACGUAUACAUCUAGAAUAGAGAUUUCGACUUCACUAAAAGCAAUAUUCCUUAGUACACCUUGCGGAAUAUUAUGCUUUUCUGUACUCUAUCAUCCAUUACAUGAUCUGUACAACGUUCCAACACAAAUAAUAAUUAUGUUUUUAAUAGCAUUAUACAUCAUGUUAUUUAUUUUAAAACGCAAACCUAGACAAAUGUUUAACCGUCCAUUAACUAUAAUUUUUUAUCUUAUCAUGUACUAUGCAACAUUUUUAUGUUUUGCAAUAUGGGGAAAACCGGAAAAUGAAAUUUCAAUUGGACCUCAUGAAGAAAUCGGUCCGUGUAAUAUUACAGUAUCAUCUUUUGGAACGGAAUUAAAAAAACGUAAAUAUUUAUGUAUUGAAGACUAUAAUGAAGAUUUUGAUUUUCACUGUGUAAAAGAUGUACCUGCUCAACAUAGCCAAAUUUAUACAAUAUGUGGAACACCUUUUAAUAAUCGGAUUGAAUAUAUUAUUUUAAUAAUCACAAUAACUAUAAUAGCAUUUACACAUUUUAAUGAAUCAUUUAAAAUAAUAAAACAAAUUAAAAAAUCUCAUUGAUUAUAUCAAAAGUUUAUUAAGCUAGAGAAAUAUGAAAAAAAUAAUAAUAGUAUGAAUAAAUUUGUUUACAAAUAA